AUGUUCGACCUUGAUCCCUGGUCUGGCUUGAUUGAUCAAGACCUUCUCAUUCAGAUUAACGGUUUCUCGGGGCCCGUAGGGUCUCUUUUAAAAGAGUUUUGGACUGUUCAAGUGUAUUGUGGAGCCAUUGCCGAGGUGACCAUCUCGCCUCCUCGAACAGCGCAGCCGGAUGUCUUCAUAGCAGAUCUCGAUGUGGGGCGGGUGAUUUGUCCAGAGAACCUCCCUCUACCCCAGAUUCCUCAACCCUUCCUCACCGAAGCCAUUCAAAGCCUCUUUCAUAUCUUGAGCCCUGAUCUGUUGACAGCGGACAACGUGUACCCUCCCCCGUCUGAGUCUGUGCCUCAGUUGACUCCCAUUCAGGUAGACAAAAGACUGCGUGCCGUGUUUCUGCGCUUGUUCGCAUCCGUCUUUGCCGGUUACCGAUCCUGUCUCACCAUCACUCGCAUCCACCCCCAACCCGUCAUCCACUUCAACCAGUCGCUAUUUCUCGUUUUGCGGGGAGUGCAUGAGCCAGACGACUUUUUCGACCGCAUUCUUUCAAGCAUGCGAUUCCACCAGUUUGUUUUGGAGCGUGGUCCACCCUUUCGUGUUUGCGACCUCUUUGACGAGGAGUACGACCUGGCCCGAGCCGAAGCCCAACGGCUCGUGCCUCAAUUCAUCGCCGAAACCGCCUUCCCCGAUAUGGACUAUGCUGCCUUCAUUUCCGACUUCGAAGCGGCACUUGCUCGAAUUGCACAAAAGUUUAUGGAUAAUGAGGACGACGAGGCCCAUCCUAUCGCCGACAUCAUUCAGGAGGAGGCCGUGGAUGCACACAACCGCCUUCAUCAUCGUUCAUUCCCCCGGCUUAAUUCUCAAAAGGUUGACGAAUUUGCACAGAAAGCCCAGGAGUUAAUUAACCAAUCGGCGCCGAUAACCGCGGAGGUGAAGGAAACGCCUCGAUUUGUCCCCAAAGGCGAGCAACUGGAUCUUCACGCAUUCAAGUCAGAGUUGCCUGCCGACAAAUGCCGCGUCAUUCGAGAGUUUGUUGCUGACGUAUUCGAUUUGCAUAUCACCGAAGCCCUCAAGCGUCGCAACACCAUCCGCCAGGAUUUAAAAUCACAGCCUUUUCGACGUUUAUUUGUCGACGAGCUGCACAAGAGAAUCAUUCCACCAUCAGUCACCUCGACUAACCCCAAUUCCACUCAUCCCGAAAACACGAUUGUGGAAUUCGAGCGCCGGGCUUCGCUCAGCUGGGAACAAUUCGAUGUCAUUGUGGGACUGCUUGACGAGGCUCUGCGUUACGAGGGCAUGUCCUACAACACAGUGAUAGCGCCUCCUGUUAUGGAUCUCGCAACUAGGAUAAGCACGCAACUCGGUGGAAUACGCUACUUUGCCAACAUGACACAUCACAUUCAGCGCCAUCGGAUAUGGUCGGAAAUGAGUUUCUGGGAGGACGUCUUCAAUGAACAAGUCAAUAACCAAAUCAAACAGCUUUAUUUGCACCAAUCGGAGGUGGAACACAGCAGCAGCAUUUCGUCCGCUAACCUCCCAUAUUGCGAUCUAAAGUCGUUUGGUCUCCCGGUUGCUGAUAUAAACGUGACCAUCGUUGCCGCCUUUCUCUCACAGCCGGCUUAUUCAGCUGACCAGUCAGUACUGGAGAUAGCUGCGGAGGAGUUGCGUUCAGGCUGCCUGCGUUCGGCGGAGGCGCAGGUGAAUCUGCAGCGACAGGAGGAGGGCACUGUGUACUCCCAGAUCCUCCACUUCAUCAACCUCAUCGUCAACUUUCGCGUGCCCUUGAGCGCUGCUUCACCCUUAAUUCCCGCUGUCGAUCAGCCUGCGGUCGCCAUCUCCACUGCCCAGCCAACUCUGCUUCCGAGCAACAACUCUCAACAGAGUUUGCGUGGGCUACCAAAUGGCUGGCCUUCUGCUACACUUACCACUUCCAAUGGAGUACACGGCAACAUCUCCCACGAAAGACGUGACUUGUCUUUCGUUAGCACCCUGUCAUCGAAUCACCACGACCGAAGGUCCAUUUCCUAUGGCGGCGGCGGCAGUGGGACUGGUGGUGGUGGUUCCGCUCUGGUCCACCACUACCCCGCGAACCCGCACAAUGGCGCGGCACCGCUCCGGGAUUCUGUCGCUGCUUCCGAAUUGGCUCUGGGCGAACUUGCCGAGUGGAUUCGGAAGUUUGUGGAAAAGGUUGGAACCGAAAACGCCCUUCCAGAAAGUAGCAUUGUCGAAAUAAAAAACAAAAUAGACAGCAUUUUGGAAGGUCAUCUGCUUAACCUCGCUGAUAUUUAUCCUGAAGUCAAGAAGAUACCUAAAAUCAAAAAACCUGAAAUUGCAAAUCCGGCUCUUUUAUCCGGUGAGAGCAUUAUUCGCCUCGGGGGCCUUGACCGCCUGCCCUGUCAACUACUCGUGGAUGGUCGGAUGGAGAGGGCGGGGGGAGGGGAUUGGAGGCGAUUGGAGCCGAUGUCCCUCUUCGACACCGCCAGUGGCUUGUCCGCGUUGUCGUCAGCCUCCCUCUCCCACGAGAUCCUCAACGAGGAUGUUGACAGCGUCGGCCGAACUCUCGUGCCAGCUCAGGGCGCUCUCUUCGUUACCAACUAUCGCGUCAUUUUCAUCGGCGUGCCGAAGGACCCAUUUCAGUCCAACAAGGUGGUAUGCCGUAGUUUCCCCGUUGCAGCUCUGCACUCUAUCAAACGCAUCGGGAAUACGCGCGUGAUCACGGUCCCCGCGGCAUCUACAAUUGCCGCGACUUUUGACGUGAACGGUGGCAGCGGCGCCGGCAGCAAACAUCUUCGAAAACAAUUUGGCUCAGCAAACCGCGGUGGUGCAAUCGGAGCAUCAUCCGCUGAGAUCCUUGAUGUCUACCGACUGAGGGCUCUCAACAUGCAGAUGCUGCGCCUUGGCUUUGAUCCCGACGAUGUUCCUUCGGAGGCUAGGGAGGAGUUACGGCACCUCCUUGUCGAACUGCGGUUCCACGCUCACAUUGGACUCAGCUUUAAUACACUUUCACCACCACGAACCUUAAACCAACAACCCACUUCGGGGGUUGCCAAUGAGUGCCGAACACCGUUGCCUGACAUCGUGAAGCAAGAGUUGCAGAAUCCAGUCAUCUUGACACUGCAAACCAAUGAGCAUGAAGAUGACACAUCGGUGAGCCUGUCUGUUGCCAGCAGCAGCCGCAGCGGUCGAAGCAGUCGCAGCCAGUCUCAGGUCACGGCAACUCUGCACACUGCCCUCACGCCAGCUCCGCGUCUCCGUACCACUUCCAUGGCUCGAUUGUCUCCUUCCAACCGACUAUCCGACACCGACUCAAUUGGAACACCUGCCACAGGACUUUCUGACGAUUCCUUACGAGUGGACGAGUUUACGGAUGCCCAGUCAGCGCUCUCUAUGACGCUGGAGAGUCUUCGCCUGGCUGGUAUGGAUCCGAUCAUUUCGGAGGCUUUGCAGCAAUCUCCCGGUUACCUGGACUUAGUCCAAAUUGCUUUGCGUACAACUAGUUGGUACAAGCACCCCUCUUCACCUAGUCCACUGUCGUCAAUUAGGUCGGGCUGCGUCAGUGUUUCUGGUUCUCAGUUCAAACCUUCCCCAGUCAUCACCACUGCCAAUGCCAAUUACGCGAUCUCACGAACAUACCCGUCUUUACUUAUCGUGCCCUCGGGUUUCAAGCGUUCUCAGUUGGAGCGGGUGGCGCGCUAUCACAAACACGGUCGCCUCCCAGUGGUUGUGUGGCAGCACGCCGAAACCCGCGCCUUCCUGUUGCGCGGCGCCGCCUUCCAGGCCAAGUCCAUCCUCUCUUCCUUCAAGCACACGGUCGGCGGCGGCGCUAGUGGUGCCCCCGACAGGCAAUCCCUACUCUCAACCAAUGAAACCGAGGCCACUAAUGCAGAGGCUUCAUCAGCAAAGGAGCACGCGCGUUACUUUCUCUCUUUGGUAAACAUGUCGCCACUGCCACCAUCGGCAAUCCUAUCGCCCUCUGCGGCGAAUUCGGCGUCGGGAUCCGUGCGCGGAAAGCCAGCCCAUCAGGCCUUUGAUGAGCCGCUUUCCUCCCGCAUCAACUCCAUGAUGCUUCUUCCGCCGCAGUCAAUGGAUCAGCAAUUCCCUUGUUCGCCAUCACCAACAUCGAGGGGGGGUUUGCUGUACGAAAAGACCGGGUCUCUACUUCGCGCCUCACGCACCAGCUCCGGUGCUCUAGGGAAAUUGUCCGGAGGGAAGACAUCAACUUCUUCACAUCCACACAGUCAUCAAGAUGAAGGAAGUGGCACAAUAAGCUCUACCCAGCACCUGCACCAGGAAUUGCGCAUGCCAACAGCUCUCUACGUUCUCAGUGAGCGUUCAGUUAAGACCACGAUGAAAUCGGGCCACUUUCCAGGUGUGGAGUUCAUUCCAGUGGACUACGCCUCGCACUCUGCUAUUCGCGAGACGUUCAAAAAGCUUUAUGAUGCCUGUCUACCAAAGGAUGCGCGCUCCCGGCUUGGUGGUGUUUUCAAAGAGCAUUAUCGCGGCGGAGAAGGUGGGGUGCCUGGUGGCGCCAGUGAUCACGAAAACAACCUGGCUACCGCUGCACCUAACGAAAAGUCGGCAUUAGGCGGCGGCGGCGGAGGAGACACAGGCAUCAGGUCCAGGUCAAUAGGCGGUAUCAUCGCUGCAAUCGCCGAGUCGGGCUGGCUUGAGCAAAUUCAAUCACUCCUCCAACUCGCCGGCGUUCUAGUUGAUAUCUUGGGGGUUCAGGGUACCAGUGUGGCUGUCUGCCUGGAGGAUGGGUCUGAUGUGGUUACGCAGAUAGUUUCACUCGCUCAGGUGAUGCUGGAUCCAGCGUACCGCACUGUUGCCGGUUUCUGGUCUCUGGUAGAGAAGGAAUGGCUCCUCUUUGGCCAUCCCUUCAAUCAACGAGUGGGUCAAAAGGCAGGUGGUAGCAGCGGAAAGGCUUCGCAUUUCUCACCAGUUUUCCUGCAAUUUCUCGAUGCCGUCCACCAACUCGUUCGACAGUUCCCGUUAUCCUUCGAGUUUAAUGACUUCUUCCUCCAAUUCCUCGCAUACCAUCACGUCUCUAACAGGUUCUUUGACUUCAAACACGACUCGGAACUGCAACGCAUGGGACGCUGGUCCAGCAUCUCGUCUGCGCCUGGCGAGUGUGGCGGUCCUUCGCCUUCCUCGAGCGCGACAGGCGGCUACCAAACCCAUUCGAUCUGGCGUUUCAUUCAGGAGCAGCAUGAGGAAUGGCCUACCCUCAUACCGGCCACGCAUCAGGCGGCGUUAAAUGUGUGGAAGUACUACCUUUCGGAGGAUUUGGCCUCUGGACCUGUGUUUGAUCUCGAUCUCUUCUGUCCCAGCUACCGAAAGCACACCAACCGACCCUACGAACCGGUUCUUCGUCAGGGCUACAACAAUAGCCAUGUGGAACAAACCUACGCUCUGCUGGGUCUUCGCGAAGGCGACGAGGCUGUGGGCUGGCAGGAGGCCUGGUCUGAGGCUGUGCGUCUCUCAACUGCUGCGACUGACGGAAACGAGGGACCGUUGGCCACCUACACAGAAUUACCCCUCUCAGAGGAGGCCGGCGCAGACUUUGACCGCAUCGUCCGGGCCAAACUUGCCACCGACGCGCCAAUACUCAGCACUACCCUCAAACCCCCGGCUCCCCCACCUGAACAGCCGUGCGCGUCCCUUCCCACACGUCAAUCAACCACCUUUGAGGAGGACAGACGGAGCUGCGCGAGCGAUGGUGACACGUCAAUCACCUCAGAUCCUGACGGAGGGGAUAACGUGAUGACGACGUGGGAAAACGUCAGCGACGCCAAUGAAUGCGUCGAGGCGCAGCGCGCUGUGUUUGCUCAGCAUCGCGCUGUUACAAUGAGGCGCAUGAACCGUGCACUGGGAAAACACAUAAACAACCCGCAAUAUCAUCACAUUCAGUCGUCAACCUUGGCGGUACCGGCCUCCACUACUGACGACGUUUAUUCGUUGUCGCACUCGGUUCAACAUAGCGGAUCCCUCAACGAUCUCCCGAUAGCUGAGGAUAAUUUUGGAGAGCUCACAGAAACAGCGUUGUUUGAGCAGCCGCACAAUUUCCGCCGUGUUAAAACUACGCUUUCGGUAUCGCGGUGUGACGCCUGCCAGGCGCUGAUUCUGGCCACAGGCAUCACGCGGGGCUUGGUGCGUUGUGUGGACUGCAACUUUUGCUGCCACGAAAAAUGCGCCCUCGGGGUGCCACGUGAUUGUCCAGGUGUGCCGACGCAUCGUCACGGCAAUCUGGCCGGGCCGUCGAGUCAAGCUGUCGGUAGUCUCCCGGGCACCGGUGCUACGCGACCUUGGAACAGGCAGCGCGCCAAAACCGAAGAUCGCAGUGGCCUUAGUGAUUGGUCUUCCCAGCCCGAAUCCCUCAAACAUUGGUCCUCAACUGUAAACCGUCAUGUGCCGAACGGUGUUGGUUCCUCAGGUACGCCUUCACCCCGUGAGAAAGAUACAAAGGCUCACCCCUCGCAUUCCCUCCACACAACUGACAGCGAUUCUCCCCAACUUCGCCCGGAUGUCCCUGCUCGACCUUCAUAUAUUGGUUCCGUAGCCUUCUGUGGGGAAUUGUACAAACUGAGCAGUCGGAAACUGCUAGCUGGCUGGAAGCCACGGUUCUUUGUUCUUGACACGGAGCACCAUCAGAUGCGUUACUACGAUACGGCGCAGGACGAAGUUCCCCGUGGCUGUAUAGAUCUACAGGAUGUGCGUGCUGUUAGGCUGCUACGGAAUGCAACUUCUGUACCGCGGCGAUUCCAAGAUAAUUGCACGUUUGAGGCACGUGCGGAAGCUACAUUGCGCACGCACUUAAUUGUUGCUGUUCUAUAA